ACGACGAGGUACACAAAUUCAGUAUAUUAAACGAUUAAACUAUUCAACAUUAUCAAAAAGAAGAUGAAAAUAAAUGUUAGCCACGGUCGGAUUAUUGAAAAUAAUCCGGACGUAACACUAAGUACAGCAGAAUGAAUUCGCGUAAAAUGAAAGCUCUUGCUUAUAUUACUUUGCAUUAUGCGUUGGAGAAACCUGAAAGAAAUCCACCCCGUUGGUGGGUUUCUAACUUUCUUCGACGUAGAGAAAAAUAUAGUGCAUCCGCGUUGUUGUUAGAUUUAAAAUUUCAAAGUGUCAGUGGGUUAUACAGGAAUUUCAUGCGGAUGCACCCAACAGACUUUGAAUUGGACCAGAAAUUAUGCGGCAGGAUACAAACUAUAGAAAAGCCAUUACGGCGCAGGAACGAUUAGCUGUGACGCUCCGGUUUUUGGCAACGGGCGAUUCGUUUACAAGUUUACAAUACUUGUUCAAAAUAUCGAAGCAAAGUAUUGGCAAAAUUGUUCCGGAGGUGUGUGAAGCCAUUACGAAGGCACUGAAAUCGUAUAUUCAGAUUCCAAAAACUGGAACGGAAUGGCUAAAAAUCGCACAGCAAUACAAUGACACUUGGAAUUUCCCCCACGGCAUCGGCAGCAUUGAUGGGAAACAUAACUAUUCAAUCGCCAAAACACAGCGGAAACGUUGGCUGCCAAGGAAGAAUUUCAGACGGAGGUGUAUUUAAUAAUUCUUCUCUAUAUCGGGCCAUGGAGGAGAAGAAAUUAAAUAUCCCAGCGGCUGUUCGGUUAGAAGGAAGGGAAACACCAAUUCCUUUCUUUUUCUUAGGAGACGAAGCCUUCCCCAUUUCUGAACACCUCCUGAAAUGUUACUCGGGAUAUUUUACGAAAGGAUCGCAGCAACGUAUAUUUAAUUAUCGAGUAUGCCGGGCCCGGCAGGGUUGUUGGAAACGCCUUCGGCAUAUUGGCCGCAGUCUUCCGCGUAUUAAGGAAACCGAUGCUUUUAUCGCUGGAAAAAGCUUCUCUUGUUGUUUCAACAACAACAAUGUUGCACAAUUUUUUACGGCAAAGGCCAGAUUCUUCUCGACUUUAUACUCCUCCUGAAACGAUGGAUUACGAAGAGGAAGGCAUUUUGAGAGGAGGUAAUUGGAGGGAACAGGGCAACGAAAUGGGAGUGCUUUUGCUCUUGCGAGGAGUUCCGCGGAGAACAACUUCUGCGUUGUUACAAAUAAGAGAGGAACUGGCCCAUUAUUUUUUGGCGGAAGGAAGAGUACCUUGGCAGGAAGACUGCGCAUAGUUUUUAUUUAAAUAUUAUAAUGUAAUGUAACAUGAUAAAUAUAUAACUCCCUGUUUUUUAGAAUAGUAAUUCGUAGUGUGUAAAUAAAUUGUAAAUAAUAAAUUGUUUUACUGCGUUUGUAAAUAAAACUUCAUAAUUUAUUGAUUUACCACCUCCACGAAUUAUAUCGAAAAUUCGAUUUGACGUAUUAUCGAUGUUUCACUAUAUUAAAAUUUAAUUUUCUAACAUAUUUAUGUAAUUGUCUUAUUUGUGUAAUUUAUUUUCAUCACUAAAUACAACCUAACAAAAAUUAAUUGUGUUUACAAAGUAUUCCUUUUGUACAAAGAAAAAGAAAUGAAAUAAACAUUUUUACUAACAUUUUCUCAAUCUAUGAUCGUGUUUACUUUUACACACUGUCACCGACGAGAUACUGUUAAAGACUGCCAACCCCUGUGUUAAAGUUCGGCACGCCAAGUGGGCCCAGUAGGCCUGGGGUACGAUCGGUAAAUAGGAAUGGUGGAUAAUGUAGAAUAGUGAUAUUACCCAUUGUACCGCCGAAAAAAACUGUUAUACCAUCAACGAGAUGAUUUAGCUCUGCCACAGUACAAUAAUUAUCUCGUCGGUGCUGCUUGGAAAACAAUUAUAUUUUACCUUAUAAUUGGAUUACAUUCUUAUUGUAAUAAUCGAUACUACAUAAAUAUAUGAAAAAUAAGAAUAUUUGGUACGUAACAUUCUGAAAAAAAUAAAAGAAUUGAAUAAAAAAUAAUUCGAAAAUUACUGUUAUAUUUAUAAAAUAAUGAUUCUUAAACCAAAAAUAUCAUUUAACUGUUAACAGAGACUCGUCUCUUAGCAGACUGUUAACAGGUGGGCAUUUUUCACAGGUAGCGGAAGUAGGCAUUUUUAACAGAGAAUGACAUACUAGUAUUCCCUUAUUCUGCCAUGUGGUGAACAGAGUCGAACGUCCCAAACGUUUAAAAGCUUGCGUCCUAGCAUAUCCGCGCUGACACUGGCGCACUCAAGGGGGGCUAAGAGGUUCUAGCAUCCCUCAAAGAAAAAGGAAGGAGAACAACAGAAAAUUUUCCAAAAUCUGUUCCAAAUUAAAGUAGUAUUACUGUUUAUGUAACAU